GAUAUAUAAAGAAAAAAUAGAGCAAGUAUUUUCCAAACAGUUAAUAGUCUUAUAGGCUGAUCCUGCUUCCAUUUUAUCUCCAUCAAGAUACCAGACCCAAAAGCCGAAGCCAUGGGUUUUGCAAUGGGAAGCUCAAACUUGUUACAGUCUUGCUUCCCUUCCUCCUCUUCUCCUUCACGUUCUGUUCUUUUUCAUGCGAGGCAUAAUAAUGCGGAAACCAACAGAAAGAAGAGGGUAAAGAUUGUUUCUUGUGGGCGCCAAGAAGAUUCAGAUGACAUAGUUUUUAGUAAUAAACGAGCGGUUUUCUUAGUGAGUAUUUCAGUUCUUCCCUUCUUGCAGCCGAGGGCCAGAGCUAUUGAAAGUUCGUUUCUAAAAGAAGAUGAGCUCAAGAAACCUGAAGAUAACCAAAAAGAAGAGCUUGCAAUUCAAAAAUAUAGACCACCAAAUCCCUUUCUUUCUCUCCUGAAUGGACUUGGUAUAUUUGGGACUGGCGUGCUUGGUGCCUUCUAUGCGUUGUCCCAGAAAGAGAAGAAAGCUACUGAAACAACAGUAGAAUCUCUAACGGCCAAAUUGAAAGAGAAGGAAGCUGCCAUUGUGUCCUUAGAGAAGAACUUCGAAACAAUGCUAUUGAAAGAACAGGAAGAGGGUGCAAAGCUUCUCAGAAAAGCAAAGGAAGAACAACAGGUUCUGUUAAACCAACUGAACUCUGCUGACAGUACAAUUACAGGACUGGGGCAGGAGCUGACAAAUGAGAAAAAAGUAAUUGACGAUCUUAAUGUUCAAAUAGAUGGUCUAGAAUCGAACAUCUCAAAGGCUGAGGAAGAUAAGAGAGCUCUUGAAAAAGAAUUAAAUGAAAAGCUUAAUUCAAUUGAAAUUUUACAAGAUAAGAUUAACUCACUUAGUUUAGAGCUCAAGGAUAAGGAAGAUACUGUUCAAAAUCUCACCUCUUUACUUGCCGAAAAGGAAUUAGAGUUGAAGAACUUGAAUUCUUCCUUCAAGGAAACGAAGGAUGAACUAGUAAAGGCACACAAAGAAAUCAAUGCAUUGAAAGAUGAAUUUCUGAAAAAUAGAAAGGAACUGGAAUCAAAGAAUUCUGUGGUGGAUGAACUAAAUUCUACAGUGAGUUCUUUAAUGUUUGAGAGAGAUGAAUCUAACAAGAAGCUCAAUGCUGUUCAGGAGGAAUACAAUGAUCUGAAGUUGUCUUCUGAAAAGAAGGCUGCUUCAGAUGCUAAGCUGUUGGCAGAAAGAGAAGAUGAGCUACACCAACUAAAGAAAAAGCUUGAGCUCACUCUAAAUGAAGUGAAUAGAAGCCAAGAAACGGUCGCAAAUUUAAUCCAAGAAAAGGAAGAUUUGAGGAAAAUGCUUGACACAGAAUUGAACAACGUAAAAGAUCUGAAACAUGAACUUCAAAGCGCUCAUGAAGCUCUUGGCAAGUCUAGAAACGAGGCUUCUGAUCUGGAAAGAGAACUCGAGCAUUCACAAAGCAGGUGCACUGAGCUUGAGGCUGAAGUUUCUAGAGUUCAGGCUGAGUUUGUUGAAGCUAAAGAAACAAUGGAGAAGACCCUUGAGAAGGCAAAAGAAAGUGGUGAAGUGUUAGCUGGUGAAGUAACAGUGGCAAAGGAACAGCUGCGAAAAUCUGAGGAGGAGCUGCAAAUAGUGUCCCGCGAAUUGAUAGCACUGAAAGAAAGUCAUGAUAAUGUGCAGAAGGAAUUGGUAGAUGUCUAUAAGAAAGCUGAAGUUGCAGCCAAUGACCUAAGAGAAGAGAAAAAGGUAGUUUCUUUUUUGAACAAAGAACUAGAAAACCUGAAGAAGCAAAUCAUGAAGGAUAGGGAAGCAAGAAAAUCUCUCGAAGAAGAUUUAGAAGAAACUACUAAAACCCUGAGUGAGAUGAAUCGAAGUGCUCUGAUGCUUUCUGGGGAGCUAGAGAUAGCUAAUUCUAAGAUUUCUAGCCUUGAAGAUGACAAACAGGUCCUUUACGAGUCCCUGACAGGAGAAAAAAAUGCAGUGAAAGAGGCUCGAGCGAAUUUGGAAGAUGCUCAUAACAUGCUCUUGAUGCUUGGCAAACAAAGGGAUAGUUUGGAGAAGAAAAGAAGGAAACUUGACGAAUAUUUGGCACUUGCCAAGGGUGAAAUACUGCGGUUAAGGCAUCAGAUACGUACCUCAAAAACUCUUGCAGAUGAACAAAUUUCUGAGAAAGGUGAAAAAAUGUCUGAGAAAGAUGAACAAAUGUCUGAGAAAGGUGAAGGCGAAGUUGACGACAAGGUCACUGUUACUGCAAAGAGAAAUGGCAGAAAGAAAAACAGUGGAUCCCAAUGAACUAGUGUAUGUGUUUAUGGAUUUUCAAUAUCAGUCUCUGAUCAGUUCUCUCAUUCUUAAAUGGUUUUGCAUGUACUAUCCUUCAAGCUAGCUAUUUCUGGGUUUUUAUCUUUUCUCUGAAAAAUUUCUCCAUACUGAUGAAUUGUAUAGAAGUGAUCUCAUGGCAUAAAAAUUGAGGAAAUUCUGGUUCAUAAUUUUCUCCAUAAUGUUGUUUGUUGUAAGCAUAUUAGAUUAGAUUCACAAGAAUUUUACAGGCAAAAUUUGCA